AUGCUGAGCGGUCAGCAUUCAGGUCGACCAAUCCCUUUCGUUCUGGCUUGCUUCUUUCACCGUACCGUCCUUCUCGCUCUCGUACUCCUACAACUCGUCUUUAUCGCGGCGGCUCAAGACCGACUUAAUCUAUCUAUCCCUUUAAAUUCGACUCAGAUUGUGUACACUCCUUUCCUCUGCAAUGCGACGGAAGUCUUGCUCAAUCCACAAACAUGUGCUGGCGCGUGGCAAAUCUCUAAUCUUUCCGAUGGGUCAAUAUCAUCCGUCUCAACAACUGGACCUUCAUCGGCGUCAGGAAACAUUAUUCCUCAGAUUUUUUUCCCGUUUCGCGCUUCUGGCCUCUUCCUUACAACCCUGCCCACUUCGAACGCAACCGUCAAUAUCACUAUCUCCGCAUCCGGGACAGCAGUCUCCACUAUCUUCGAGUCGGGCACCGGAUCGGCCACCAUCGUCAACCUUCCUGAGAGCGAAGUAGCUCUCCUAACCAUCACCUUCAUUCCGUCAGGCUCACCGACAAUCCUCGAGCUGGAGUUUCUUCAGAUAAAUGUCCUUGCUAAUAUCCAUCACGUCCAUUCUGCCUUCGGCGACUCUUCCGCCAUCGGCGUCUUUACCUUCUUUUAUAUUGCCGAGCCCAACGGCUUCCGCCAGCUCUACGCCCACUCCGACGUCGAGACCUUCUAA